UCUUACUGGUAGAGAGAUGGCGAACGCUGAACGCUAUCGAUAUUGUAAUAAAAAUAAGUUCCGAAAUUAGCAAGAGCUGGUACUGAUUAAAUGAAUUGUGUUCCAAAUUGUAUUCUGACCUCGGCUCAGAAUUUACGUCAUAAGUAGGUUAGGUAAUAAUAAUAUAGAAUUAUUACUUGGAUCGAUAAAGAUCCAUUUCUGUGGAGCAAUUGGUUCCAAAGAUAUCUCUGGAGAAAACAUAAAAAUAAAAUACGCGUUUGUUUUGACAAAGUGUUUUCAACUUGCUUGCGUCACAACCCACAUUGGAUUGUUUUGUUUAUCGUCAAAUGUCAUUGCUUGUGAUGCUGAAGCUGGGGACAAUAUAAUCUCAAACUGGAGUUCAACAUAGUUAGUCUCCUUACAUUUAUCACGUAAUUGGCCGUAUCAAGGCUACAUUAACUAGGCUUAUUUUUUUCAAUCAGUGUUCAUACAGAGCGAACGUUAGACGGACACAGCCUAAAUAAACGGUUAAUAAUUUGAAAUAAAGUGGCCUAAGAUCGCGAUUGUAGCUCAAUAAAUAAUUACAUCAGGUUUAAUAUGGACGGUCCAACAGGACCAAAUUCCUGCCGCUUGCAAAACGAUGAGGCUAGUCUCAACUCAACGCAUGACAGACUAACCAUGGAUGACAGACCGGAACUGCGCUGUCAAAGUGACAGCUGUCAGUGUGACACACAAGGCGAAGUCAAAUUAAAAAGCAAGAGAUUCGGCCGUGGUGCUGUAGAAUCAGGUUUAACACACGAGUGUGGUGUGUUCGGAGCAAUCGGGACGGGAGAAUGGCCCACUCAAGUGGACAUUGGCCAGGUUAUAUGUUUGGGGCUGGUGGCGCUACAACACAGGGGGCAAGAAUCAGCCGGUAUUGUUACGUCAGAGGGGAAAAGCGCGCGCACAUUCAACUCACACAAGGGGAUGGGUCUCAUAAACAAUAUAUUCAACGAUGAAGCCAUGAAGAAAUUGAAGGGAAACCUCGGUAUUGGACACACUAGGUAUUCCACAUCAGCAGCGUCAGAGGAAGUAAACUGCCAGCCGUUCGUGGUUCACACAGCGCAUGGAGCCCUCGCAGUGGCACAUAAUGGAGAACUUGUUAACUGCAGCAGUCUUAGGAAAAUGGUGCUUGGUCGUGGAGUAGGUCUCUCAACGCACUCCGACUCAGAGCUGAUCACGCAGGCUCUGUGCCUCAACCCCCCAGAGGGGGAGACUAAUGGACCUGACUGGCCAGCCAGAAUCAACCAUUUGAUGAGAUUGGCCCCGCUAAGUUACUCGCUAGUAAUAAUGUUAAAGGACAAGAUAUACGCCGUACGCGAUCCGUACGGCAACAGGCCGCUCUGCCUCGGCAAAAUCCUGCCUUUAGGAUCCUCAUAUGUCUACAAGCAAACUUCAGCGCAGCAUGCCGCGGUUUUGAUGAACGGCUGUGCAAAGAACGGUAUUGAAGACAGGGCCGAGGGGUGGGUCGUGUCGUCUGAGUCUUGUGGAUUCUUGUCUAUUGGUGCCCGAUACGUGCGUGAAGUGCUUCCCGGAGAGAUAGUUGAAAUGUCCCGUCACGGCAUUAGAACAGUGGACGUGGUAGAGCGGCCCGCGGGCAAGCAGCAGGCGUUCUGCAUCUUCGAGUAUGUGUACUUCGCUAGGGCGGAUAGUAUGUUUGAAGGUCAAAUGGUAUACUCAGCGCGGUUACAAUGCGGCCGCAUGUUGGCGCGCGAAUCGCCCGUAGACGCGGACAUUGUGUCGUCUGUGCCUGAAUCCGGCACUGCAGCUGCUCACGGGUAUGCGAGACAGUCCGGCAUCCCCUUCAUGGAGGUGCUCUGCAAGAACAGAUACGUUGGGAGGACGUUCAUCCAGCCUUCCACCAGGCUUCGUCAGCUCGGCGUGGCUAAGAAGUUCGGGGCUCUAUCAGAGAACGUGAGGGGCAAGAGGAUCGUGCUCAUAGAUGAUUCUAUAGUGAGAGGGAACACGAUUGGACCGAUUAUUAAGUUGCUCAGAGAUGCGGGAGCGGCUGAGGUACACAUAAGGAUAGCGUCUCCCCCUCUAAAAUACCCGUGUUACAUGGGUAUCAACAUCCCCACGCGGGAGGAGCUGAUCGCCAACAAAAUGGACACUUUUAAACUGGCUGAACAUGUCGGCGCCGACAGUCUGGAAUACCUCAGUGUAGAGGGUCUAGUGAGUGCCAUACACUACAACAUGAAGGCCACGCCCAGUGACGGUGUGGGCGGGCACUGCACCGCCUGCCUCACCGGGGACUACCCGGGGGGACUGCCCGAGGAUGUGGACUGGUAGUGGUGGAUAGUGGCGGAUAGUGGUGGAUGAUGGUGGAUGUUGGUGGAUGUUGGUGGAUGUUGGUAGGUUGUACUGUGCGAUUCAACUGUUGGAAUAACGAUAGGUUUGGACUUUGUAUAGUGCCACAAACUUAACUGACCCGGUGACGGUGUCACUGAUGUCGAUUUCACUACUGGCGACACGUAGUUCCAGUUUUUUUCACCGGGUCAGUUAAGUUUGUGGCACUGUACUAUGCGACUCAACUGUCAGAAGAGUAGUAAAUGUUGGUAGAUUGGUAGAUGUUGGUAGGAUUGAAGUUUUUUACUAUUCGAUUCAACUGUCAGACUCGCUUGCACGCAAUGAUGUUAUAAGUAAAUAGGUUGCCGCUCCAGGUCGCACGUAGAAAUGUAAAUUAAUAGUAAACUAAUUAGCCAGAUUCAGUUUUCUAUUUCGCUCACAAUAAUUGAAUUAUGCUUUAUCAAAUGACAUGUUGGUAACCUAUCUACACCAAAUCCGUUCUGUAUUGCAAUAACUGUUUAUUUUUUUUGCCUCGUUGUUUCGUCCAAAAUUAUUGCUUAGCCCGGAUGAAAAAUUCCUUUGGAUUAAUAUCUAAGAUAUCAGAAAAUGUCGCAAAAUCAAUCCUAUUCUUAGUUGGAUCGCAUAGUAGAGGUAAUUUUAUGUGAACGUCUGGAGUGAUUUAAAUUUAUGGUUCGGUCUGGUUAGACAAUUUUUUUAUAAGUUACAGUGUUGCUCGAAAGAUUGAUAAGUUGAAAUACUCUGUAUCGGAGUAGGUAUUUUAAACAUACUAUGUAGGUAUUAUGAACCAUCCACACGUCUGCCGAACAACGUGACAAACAACGAACACAUAGGGACAGCACUAUACGAAGAAAAGAGAUGUACUUAUUUCCUUCUCGCUUCUCUGUAUAGCGCCGUCCCUGUGUUUGUUGUUUGUCACGUUGUUCGGCAGACGUGUGGAUGUCCUAUAAAGUUACAUACAAAUUAUAAAAAAACGACGUGUGUCACUCGGGGACUGCCGCGGUAAAGCUAUUGCAUGCUAUGCCUUCAAGCCACACCUCCGCCCGUCGGAGUGGGGAGCGUGAGGUUUUUUCGUUACGGAAUUUCUCGAUUCGGUCCCCGCGCUCAAGGCCCGCGAUAGAAGCUAUGCAAUAGCUUAAUAGUUCUUUGUAAAAUUUACUAAAACUAUAUAGAAUUCAAUCACUCCAGAUGUACCUGCCUUGAACCCAACCUGUUUUCUACUCAAACAUAAUUGGAAUAUAAUAUUAUAUAAUUAAAACCUCAUAUGACAUUCUAAAUACCCAUAAAUGUAUGUCUUCAAGUGCCUUAUCUAUAAUUGGAUGUUUGUACAUUAUAAGUAUUUUGUGACGGGUUGUGCUGGUUUCGCCCCGAAUAGAAUGAGCAGUGACAUAUUGCUCAGAUAAUUAUUAAUUAUUAUAUUAUACAAUAUGUUGGUUGUUCGAAUAUUUUUACGAUAUAUAUCUAGUAUAAGUGAAGAAUACUUUUAAAGAAUUAUCAUUAGAAAUAAAUAUGGUCAAAUACACUCUAUAUGUAUUUUGUAGAUUAAGUUUCAUUCCACAUUAUUUUUUAGUAUUCAUUCAUAAAAUUUUCGGACUUUUAGUGCAUAAUCGAAUAAAAAUAGGUGAUCUGAUUUAAAACCUAGGGACUGUAUGUACAUUCCAAAACUCAUUUGAAAUCGAAUGUUUCCUUUUUAACAUUUUUAAGCUUAUUUCGAAAUAAUUGUUUUUAUUUAGUUACUAAUUUGUUCUAUUAUUAAAUACCAAGUACAAAUGUUA